CUCGGAACAACUAAGCUUUGAUUUCACCUCCCGGCUCAACAAAACCCACCACAAUCCUUCUACCACGUCUUCCUCUUCUUCCUCCUCUUCCUCCUCAACAUCAUCAGCAUCGUCGCCAUCACAACCAACUUCGUCACCAUCACAAUCAACAUCGCGACAACCACAACCACCAUAACCAUCACAUCCAUGGCUUCCUCUAACAGCUCGUCUACGAGGACGUUAGCUACGCCUUUACCUCCACCAAAGCUCUACACACUCCCCAAUCCGCCUGCGCCAUCGACAAAAAACAUUAAUGCCGACUUCGAUUCGUCUUUCAAAUUUAACAACAGCUUGCCUAUUGUGAUUGACAAUGGAUCGUGGCGAACGCGUGCCGGCUUUGCGCACGACCCGACCCCUCGCCUUACAUGUCCUCCUCAAGUCUCUCGCUAUCUUGACCGCAAGAUCGGCAAGAAAUACACCUUUGGCGGCUGGGAUGUCAACGUUGAUGCGACUGCGCGCGGUCAGGCCAAGAACAUAUUUGAUGGAAAUGUCGUGAGCAACUUUGACGCGAUGGAGAUGUAUCUGGACUACGCAUUUAUCAAGUUGGGAAUCGAAGGCGAUAAGUCUGGUGGUCUCGGACACCCACUAGUUAUGACAGAGCCAGUGUGCAAUCCAAACUACAGCAGGAAGAUGGUUACUGAACUGGUCUUCGAAGCUUACAGCGCCCCGAGUCUUGUAUACGGAAUCGAUGCGCUCUUCUCCUUCAACUACAAUGGCGGCAAGACUGGCUUGGUGAUGUCUUCCGGUAACACGGCAACCCAUCUGAUCCCCGUCAUCGAUGGGAAGGGUCUCAUCCCUAUGACGACUAGAUUGAAUUGGGGAGGAUCGCAGGGCGCAGAUUUCAUGCUCAAGCUGAUGCAGUUGAAAUAUCCUACUUUCCCGUCCAAGCUCGCCAAUUGGCAGGCAGAGGCUCUGAUGAUGGAUCAUUGCUACGUGUCGAAUGACUACAAGGAGGAGCUGGAGAAAUUUCUCACGAAGGACAAGGAGGAGAAGGAUAGAGUGGUGCAGUUUCCGUUCACAGAAGCUAUCAAGAUUGAGAAGUCUCAGGAGGAGCUUGAAAAACUCGCCGAGAAGAGAAAAGAGAGUGGAAGAAGAUUGCAAGAACAAGCUGCCAAGUCGAGGCUUGAAAAGCUUAUUAAGAAAGAGGGAGAGCUCGAAUACUACAAGGACCUCCAGUCAAAGGCCGAUACGAUGGCCAAGCGUGACUUCAAGCGUCUACUCGAGUCUAACGACUUCGAUGACGAAUCACAGCUGGAUAAGAUAAUCAAGGAACUCGACAAGACGAUCCGCCGCGCACGGAAGCAGGACGUUGGAGAAGAAGAAGUCGACGAUGCGCCAUCCUUCCCUUUGAUCGAUAUCCCAGAUGAGGAUCUAGACGAGGAACAGAAGAAGCAGAAGAGACAGCAAAAGCUGGUCAAGAGCAGUCACGACGCUCGCCUACGGGCUAAGGCCGAGAAAGAUGCCGAGAAAGCUCGCAUCGCAGAUGAAGAACGCAAGGACGCGGAGAACAGGGAGAGAGACCCGGACACCUGGGUCUUCGAGAAGAGGGCCGUCCGAGAUGGCCUCGUUGCCAAGCUCAAGGAACGACAGCGCCUGCGUACCGAGCUCACAGAUCGCAAGUCCCUAGCGAGUCAGAUGCGGAUGAAGUCUAUUGCCAACUUGGCUUCCGACACGCCGGCCGCCAAGAAGCGCCGUCGCGGAGGAAAUGCUGACGCGGACGACAAUUUCGGUGCCAACGACGACGAUUGGGCUGUCUACCGUUCCAUCGGAACGGGAGGAACCGGCGAGGACGACGAGGAUGAAGAAGAAGAGCUCAACCGGGAGCUUAAGUCGAUCGAAGCCCAGUUGCUGGAACACGAUCCCGACUUUGAGGAGCACCACACCAGGGAUGCCCAGGAGGACUGGAGCAAGAGCUUGAUCCACGCGUUCUUGCGGGGUUCCCGGCCUUUUGAUCCGGAGAACCAGGCCGAGCAGAACCAGAUGCACAUCAACAUCGAGCGCAUCAGAGUUCCGGAGGUGGUCUUUGAGCCGUCUAUGGCGGGACUCGACCAAGCCGGAAUCGUGGAGAUUGCUUCGGACAUCCUGCUGCACAGGAUCUCCGAUCCUGCAGAGAGAAACAACAUCCUCAAGGACAUCUUCUGCACGGGUGGAAGCAUCUCGUUCAAGGGAUUUGAUGAAAGGCUCAAGCAGGAGUUGACUGCGGUCAUGCCUGCUGGGUCGCUCAUCAACGUCCGAACGGCAGGAGAUGUCCUGUUGGAUGCCUGGCGUGGUGCUGCGGCGUGGUGUGGGGCUCCGGAGAAGAACGCGGAGUGGAGGAGGGCAAUCGUUACCAGGGCGGAGUACCUGGAGAACGGAAGCGAGUACCUGAAGGAACACCGGAUGGGAAAUGCCUGGUAG